AUGCAUCCCAUGCUCUCUCAUCCAGGCCUACUCCAGCGCAAGCAACGGGAGGCACAAAGUGGUAAGGACAUCACUGCUUUGCAAGGUGGACAUGUUGAGCACUGGCGUGGAGGACACGCUUCCACACUACGCGGUACAGGGGCUGGCUUCAAGAAGACGCUGGCUUUCCAGACAUGCGCAAACAAGCAGGACGGAGGCUCGUCAGACAAGGGCUUCGAUAUCUUCAAGCGGAAAGCUGGCAGCCACUGCACUUCACCCCACGGGAGGGUGUUCAUGGGCGCGAGGGUCGCGCUGUGCAAGGUGGCCAUGUUGAACAAUGGUGUGGAGCACACGCUCGCUACUACACGGUAG